AUGCAAUAUAGCUUGUCAACAUCUCAGAUUAUGGUGGAAACUGAUUCUUAUACUUUAGUUCAAAUGGUGAGAGGAUUAGCUGCUGUUCCAUGGAAGAUGCAAUAUCUGUUAGAAAGGAUUAAGCUGUUGUUUAAGUUUCUAAAUUUGCAAAUCAAGCACAUUUAUAGGGAAGCUAAUGGUCUGGCUGACUUCUUAGCUUCCUUUGCUGUUAAAUCAGAACAGAGCACUGAAUUUUCUGCAAAUAAUAUUCUGCCAUCUAUUGGGAGGGUUAUAAUGCAACAAGAUUUAUAUGGAUUUCCCUCUACCAGAUUGAAGAGAUUGAUAUGUGAACAAAGAGAAGAAUCAAGAGCAGUUCUUCAGUAUCUGUUGGUUGCUCCUUUUCCAUUCUGCCUGGGCUAUCUUCUGGACUUCUUUUGUGAGCUUUUGAGUGUGGAUGAUCAGAAAAGCUGGUUAUUAAUGAUUAGUGCAUGUAUGGGAGCUGUAUCUGGACUAGCUCUGGUAGAAGGGUAUGGACAGCCUUUGACUGCUUGGCAUUCUGUUGCCAAUGAAUGUUUUAUUGCAGAUUUGGAUUUCUGA